CCAAUCGUUGUUGUCUCCUACACGUGACAAAUUCCAACAGGUUAAAUGUCUUAGAAGUCUAAUAGUGUGGAAAUUGUUUUUUUAUGAUUUUGAAAUUUAAUUAACAGAAUGAUGCGACGUAUUAUAUUCAAGUUGCUUACUCAAUAUUCAUGAUCGGAAAUUAUGACGACGAUAUAUACCGAAGAUAUCGAACAGUUGUUAACCUUGUUUUCUAGGAAAGGCCAGUAUGAUGCCAGGGCCGGUGAACAAAGUUAUGAAAUACACAAGAAAUGUGAAGAACUGUUUGAGAGAGAUUAUAUUUGCUGUAAAAUAGAAAAUGAAAGAGGGACAUUAUCUACCAAUUAUCCAUCUUGUAUAAUAAUUCCUGCUAAGGAAAAGUCAGUAUUAAAGAAAGAGUUAGAGCUGUCAAAAAGUUCAGCUAGUGGAAUUUAUGACUUUGACGCUGUUAAAUUUAAAGAAAUAGCAAAUAAAUCAAGUUUAGCCAGGUGUCGUACUAGGUUUCCUGUACCUGUGAUUCUAUGUGAAGGAAAGUUUGUUUGCCGAUCUGCUACAUUGGCUUGUGGUGGAGAAAUGUUGUUGAGAGAUAUGUCAGGCUGCAUUUUUAGUUCUUCUGGAAGUUCAGAUGUUGAUGAAAAAAACAGUGUUUCAUAUACAAGAAAUGGAGCUUUCUUUACUGAGCUGCGUAGUCAAGAUAUAAAAUUAUUAAAGGAAUUAUCUGUUGGUUAUAUCUGUGACCUUAUGGUUGAAAAUAAAAAAGUUAAAUAUGGCUUAAAAGUUAGUUCUUCAGAAAAAAUAGAUAAAGAAAAUAGGUACUGUGAUUUUAAGAUAGUGCAGCUUCCAUAUCCAGGUUGUGAAUUCUUCAGAAAAUUUAAAGACAACAACUAUGUUGCUGAAGGUUUAAUGUUUGAUUGGGAACAGAAUUAUGUUGAUUCAUCUCUGACUUUACCUUCUGAUUCAAUAUCGGCUUUAGGUAUUCAUUGGUCAAAUUAUAAAAUGUGGGAUCUAGUCAAGUUAACUCAGAACUACUUAAAGCUACUUUUGAUGUAUGUUGUCGAAGGAACAUCAAGCAUUCUUAUACAUUGUAUAUCAGGUUGGGAUCGCACUCCACUUUUCAUUUCAUUAUUGAGAAUGUCGCUGUGGGCAGAUGGCAGAGCUCAUUCUAGUCUGAGUGCAGUAGAAAUGGCAUAUUUGACAUUGGCAUAUGAUUGGUACCUUUUUGGCCAUGAUCUUCCAUCAAGAUUAAAAGUUGGUGAAGAGAUAUUAUUUUUCUGCUUUGAAUUCUUAAAAUUUAUCUCUUCUGAUGAUUUUUCUGCCAAGAAAAGAAGCCGAAAAAUAAGUAACAACUGUGCUACUGAUAAUCCAUUGGACAUUUUAAUUGAAGAAGAAUCACUUACUAAAUCAGGAGAAAUCAGUGAUACUAGUCUAUGUAGUAAUAGUCAUAUAGAAAAUGGAAGGUCAAGCAUAUUCUAUGCAAGUCUUGAGUCCCAUCAUGAAAACUAUCCAACUGCAGUAUUUUAUGCUAGUGUGGAAUCAGGAGAAGAUUCUGACAGUUUCAAGAGUGUGAAAUCAAACAAUGCAGACACUAGUUCAUCUGAUAGUGAAACACCUCCAUCUGUGUGUUUGGUGAAUAACUUAGAAAACUUUACAAAUAACAAUGGGAUCUAUAAAAGUCCAACCUUAGCUAGUAGUCCUGUACCAGUUCCUAAUAGUCGACAGCGAAUGGAUAGCAUGUCUAGUUUAGGAAGUUGGCAGUAUGUAUCAGGCACUGGAAGUUUACUUGGAUCUGUUACAUCUAGGAGUUCCUCUGCUGAGCUAAAUAUGAAUGGAUUGCAGUCAAAUCAUAGUUUAAAUCAAGAAAAUGGAAAUGUGGCCAGUUGCUCAGCAAGUGUACAAGAAAGAGCUGAAAAACUAUUAUCCAUACACAAUCUAAUUAACUCUGUUUAUAGAAAAGUCAUAGAGAGCAAAGAUAGUUCAUAUAGUGAACGGUCAAGCUACUUUCCAUGGCGUAGAUGACAUGAAAAUGUCCUAUUGCUUGUUAGUGUUAAGUGUUUUAUCCUGAUCUUCAUAUAAAUCUGCAUUUCUGGUUAAUUUAAAGCAAAAAGCACCAGUUUUUUUUUUUUCUUUAUGACUGUUAUUGUAUGAAGUAGUAAAAGAUUUUACAUGCAUGUCUUUUUUAUAUUUUGUGUCACAGAAUUUUGAUUUUCUUUUAUUAAUUCAGUUUUAUAUAAAAAUUAAAGUGUUCUAAAUUUUGCAUUACAUUGUAUGUAUGUGAUAAUAAAAAAUAAUAACAUUGAAUUGCAAUUCGAUGUAAGUAAUAUGUAUCUACUAAAAGCUUUAUUAUGAGUGAGAGUUUCUGAAACUUUUUCUUCAUUUGAAUCUCGCCCCCCCCUCCCAAUCAAGCUUAAGUUUUGAAGUUGUAAAUUGAUUUUGGUUAUUUUAUCUCAGUUGUCUUUUUUUUUUUCUUUCUUUUUUCUACAUUUUUCCGUAAGCAAGGAUGGAAAAAUUGAGGAUAAUUAUUUAUUUAGAAUUUCUUUUCUUAUAUUAUUUAUUUGUUGCUUUGGUGAUUUGGAAGAAAUUGUAGACUGUAAUUUUUUAAUGGUCAUUGUUCUAGAUGUGCUGUGAUAGAUAACAAAGGUGAUUUUUUUAAAAUCUUUUUCUCUCUCUCUCUUUUUUUUUUUUUAAAUAUACACGUAUAUGUCUGAUUGUUACUACAGUGUGUAUUUUUAAAAUUCAAUGUACAAUUAACAGAUUAAAAAAACAUGUUUUGAUUGUACUAUUUAAUGCCAUAUAUAGUUGUAAACAUGAAAAAUGAUAAUUUAUUUGAGUUAUUUGUUGUAAAUUUCAAAAUAAAGACUUAAAUAAUUUUA